AAGCUCCUUUUUUUUUAUUGUGGGGAAAUGCCUCAUGCAAACCCAUAUGCCCCGGGGGAGGCGUAUGGGCACUGCUGGUCUCCUACUGGCUAAAACCACCACGGCAUCCCUCGCCACGCCAAAGUGUUGGGGACCAGUGUGUUAUAAGAAGGCGCUCAAGCUGUAGCAUUACUUCAAGCAGGCCACAGACAACGUGAGGUCGCUCGAAGACUUCGAAUUAGCAGAUCUUCAGUGCAAUGAGUUUACAGACGAUACUUAGAGACUGGAGCAUUCGAUCGCCGUCCAGGUACGGGCAGAUCUAGGGUUACAUCAGCAGCAGAUGAUCGUUACAUUCAACUUAUUGUUCUGUGAAAUCGUCGACUCCACGCAGUCCAAGUCCAACAAAGUCUGCGUGAUGAACACCAAGUGGUCAUAAGUUCAAAUACUGUUAGAAGGAGACGGCAACAGGCCCAGCAUUAACGGUAGCCCACCGUCAAGCACGACUUGAAUUUGCUCAAGAGCAUAGAGAUUGGACGUUUGAGCAGUGGAGUAAAGUACUCUUCACUGAUGAGACAAGGAAAACUUGGCAACAGAAAUAUUGUAUAUUAUUUAAUGCAAGCAAACAGGGAAUUGAACGCCUUGAAAUAUAUGAUCAUAAAGAAGAGGUAAUGACUGGUGCUAUCCCUAAAAUAAUAACUCUUGAAAAUUGUAUAAAAAUAACACAUUCUAGUCCAAACACUAUUACAAUAUUAACUAAGUCACAUACUCAACAACUUAGCACACAAUCUGAAACGGAGACUUUAGAAUGGGUGAAUGCCUUACAAUCUGUAGCCUUUAAAGGACGAGAUUCCUGUCCUAUCAGUUGCGACGAAGACAAUGACUUGUAUUGUUCUUCUGGUGAAGGGGUAUUUUCAGUAAAAAUGUGUGCUUCAGAAGCUUCUACAAGGUGUGGGUUUGAAUCCAUUAGAUAUCUCCUCUUACUAACUUCAACUGCCAUUGAAUUAAGAGAUGUUAAUGAUAACAAACUAUAUGCCACAUGGCCAUACAGGUACAUAAGAAGGUAUGGUUACAGACAGGGUAAAUUCACUUUUGAGGCUGGUAGAAAGUGUGAUACUGGUGAGGGAAUUUUUCAUUUAGAACAUCCAAAUCAAUCUGAAAUAUUCAAAUGUUUGUCAUUGAAAAUGAAAACAAUGAAACAAAUGAUUGGUAAUGAAAAUCUGAACAGUCCUGAACAUACAGAGUUCAAUAUUCAACCCAGUGCAAACUUAUUUCCUGGAUCUAGAAGUCCUUUAGUGGCUGCAAGACCAGAUGAUUUGAAUUUGAGUUCUCUAUCAUUUAAAACAACUUCUGUAUCAUCCAGCCAACAAAGUUCUUGUACUGAAAGAGACAGUGCACCUUUAUUGAUGCCUAAACCAGCAUUAAAACCUAAACCUCAAAAGCCACCACGAAAAAUAAUCAAUGUUCAUAACAUCAAUAAAAAUGUCACUAAAGAUGUUCCAAGUUCAACUGAUGAAAGUGUAGAUUUUGGUAGAUAUAACAAGCUUGAUAACUAUGAACCUAUUGAUCAAGUGAAGAGAGAUCAAAGUCCACCCUCUGUGCCAUAUGAUAAGGUUGAGGUGCGCAGUGAAGCAUGGAAAACUUUAGGAAUAGAUGAUCCUGAUCAUACAGAAUUCACUCCUAACUUGGGUGACAAUCCUAACUGCCUAAAAUUAAUAUCAAGGUCUCAAGACAACUUGAAUAACCAUGGUCUUAUCUUAAUACCGAGUCCAGUAGUUGACCCAGAAGACGAGAACUAUGAUAGAUUGCAAUACUUUGGAUCUACAAGUAAAUUGAAUAAGUCUUCUAGGUAUAAAAAAAUGGAGGCUCGCCCCACAACACUAUCUUUGGGUGAUUCAAAGAAUAAGGACACAUGGAAUGAUUAUGAUGAAGUUGAGAAUGUAAUGCAGACAGCUAGACUGGCAGAUGAUUCUCAUUUAGGCUAUGGAAUGAUAAGGAAGCCUAAUACACCUGGACCUCAGGUACCUACUGCUGCUCAAGUUCAGGCACUACAGAAUCAAGUUGGUUUGGAAGAAGUGAAUCAUAAUAGUUGCAAUGGAAGUGACUAUGCUAUUGUUAGCCGUCCAAAAAGAGUAUAAAAUGGUAACAUUAAAGACUGAAUGUAGUGUUUGUUCACUCAAUUACCAAUAUUGUUAAUUAGAGUUUAAUACCAACUAUAAUUAUGUAUACUUAGCAAUAAAUUUAUCAACCUAUAAUUAUUAUUGAUUUUAAAUAUGUUAUGUAUGGAGAAAAUACAAAACAUAUAGAGAAGACAUUUCCAAAAUGAGACUGUAUUGCAUUCCUUUGUACAUUCUACUUAAAUACAUUUAGAUAUUAUUUAAAUGUGCAUUCUUUUGUAUAUUGUUGAGCACAGGUAUUUUAUAAUGGAAAAUGUAUCAAUGUGAUUAUAUUGUGCCUUAUAUUUCUAGUAUUUUGAAGAUUUGAAGCUUGUGCCAAUUGAAAGCAAAUAAUGAUCAUUUUAUAAGUAGAUUAUAAUUACCAUUAGUAAUACUACUUAUGUAUCAUAUAUUUCAUUUACAUUGUGAUUAUUCCACAUUUUAAUAUUAUAACUUAUGUUAAUUUUUGAGAAACAGGAAGAAUAACUGAUUAUCUUUUUGAUAUAUGUAUUUUGUAUGAAUAAUAGAUGUUGAGAGGUAAUUAGAAAGACCAUAUAAUUAAUUUUACUACCUAUGUUAACAGAAUGUAAACAACAAUUUCAUUCUAAAGUUGGCCAUAUUUUUUGUGAUUAUUUGUAAUAAAUGGUAUAAUAUUAAUAAACAGUCUUAUUAUUUCAACUGUCAACUAUUGGACAUA